CCUUUCACCCCGUCUUCUCACGUCACUAUCCCGCACUCGGCACUGAACGGAUGAUGUGGUGAUGCCAGAAAAAGAAGACACGCUCGCUGUUCCCUCAUCCAACGCCUACUUCACCGAGAAGGGCUUAGGUGGAACAGUGCUGCUCCUGUAGAUGAUUUGCGCACUUUCAUUUGCUUAAGCCAUAUGGUUGCCAGAAAUUCCAAGGCAGCCUCUUAAAGAAAAUGUGCAGAUUCAAGAAAUGAUAAGAGAUUUGGGACAUAUAGAGAAGUGAGGAGAUGUGCCAGAUGCAGAAGGAUGGCUGACUGACCAGGGAAGAGAUGAAGCUCAGGUGAGGAACUGCAAACAGUGGAGAACCUCACGACGGGCCAAUAGGUUUAAAGAGAGCAGCAGAUGUCAUUAGGCGGGGGAGCACCACCUCCUCCAGCCGGAGCAUCCCACUCCGUGAAAAGAGAGCAAAGAGCGGCGCUCCAGCACACGGCUGCUGCCUCCGGUGCCGGUCCCUCCGUCCCCCUCAUCACUACAGCGGGAGCAACGGCAGCAGCAGCGGUGCAGCCUCUCCACUUCUUGGACUGGUCCCUGGAGAAUUAUCAUUCUGUGGAUUCUUGACCCAGGUUAUCUGAGCUGACUGUCAGGAAUCCUGUGACAGGAGCAUCCUUCACGCGCUGAUCUUCCACAGAGGGAGUCACAGAAGAUUAGCUGCCGGAUGAUGCGUCAGAAGGGAGACAAGGUUGUGUUUAUCUCCCGGCCGUGUACGACUGAGCAUCUGAUCAGGCUCCUGCCACCAGCACGAGGAAGAGCAGCUCUGGCUGCACCUACCUGUCCCAACAAAGUGAUGCCUGGAGAUCUUCAGGUUCAGGAGUAACAGAGGACAGAAAGUCAAUUGGCCAGACUAUGAUUCUCAAGGAUGACCUUGCUGCAACUGCCUUGACAUGGCGGGUCGGGAAUUACCUGCUGCUCUUCAUGUCCCUGCUAGCCAUUCAAAUAAAGGCCGACCUUGAGUUCCCGAAGGAUAAAUACUACACGUGGAAAACAGGGCAGUGGGGCAAAUGCGUGGGGGAGGAGUGUGGCCCCGGGGGGUUUCAGACCAGGACCGUGUGGUGCGUUCAUGCCGAGGGAUGGACCACGCACCACUCCAACUGCUGGCCUGGGGACCGGCCUGAAGCCCAGAGGCGUUGCUUCAAGGUAUGCGACUGGCACCGUGACCUCUUCGAGUGGGAGGUGUCCGACUGGGCCACCUGCUCACUGACGCCCCCACCUGUGGGUGAGCAGAGGUUACGGCCGGCGUCGUGCGUCACAGCGCAGUAUGGUGUCCAACGGCGCAGCGUCCAGUGCGUGCGCAAGUCCAACCGCAGCGCGGUGGCAGAUCGCGUCUGCGAGUCCUUUUCCCAGAAGCCAACGCUAGAGCAAGCCUGUCUCAUCCCCUGUCCCUUUGACUGUGUGGUGUCCGAAUUCUCCGCCUGGUCCGACUGCAGCAGGACCUGCGGAGUCGGCCUCCAGUACCGGACUCGGGCAGUCCUGGCUGCCCCCGAAUAUGGCGGCGCCAGCUGCCCCAACCUCACCCAGACCAGAACCUGCAAUAAUACGCCACCCUGCCCCAGCGGAGAGACAGAAUACCAGUACAGUCUGAAAGUUGGGCACUGGAGCCAGUGCCGGCUUCCUCCCCAGAAAGAGCCAUGGAUGGGGAGAACCACAGCAGAUCUCGGCACCGAUUCCUCAGAGGGAAAUUCAGUCCAGCGCAACGUCCGUAGUGCUGGCCAUCAUCUGCACCAGCACCAUCAUCAUCAUCCUCACCCUCAUCAUCACAACCCCAAGGACUGGGACAUCGAAAUCGGGUACCAGAUACGGCAGGUUCGCUGCGUGAGGAACGACGGGAAAAAUGUCAUGCUGAGCCUAUGUGUCCAAGACGCUUCUCCUAUAACACAUCAGUCCUGUGUGAUGCCCAGAGACUGUGAGACAUCUGAUUGGUCACCGUGGAGUCCAUGUUCAAAGACCUGUCGGGCUAUAGACCUGUCCCCAGGAUACCGCACAAGGACCCGCUAUGUUACGCGGCCCCCGAUUGGCCGGGGAGUGGAAUGUCCCUUUCUUGAAGGAAAAGAGGCCUGCAACAUCUUUGGCGACUCCCUCCCUAGUUGUCCCAUGUACGUCUGGAGGACCACGGACUGGGCCGACUGCCAGGUGCCCCCCCUGCUCAGCCCGCAGGAUCAGCGUCAUGGCAACCUGAGCUUCUUCUGUGGGGGUGGGAUCCAAACCAGAGAAAUACACUGCGUGCAGCUUUCUGAUAGCACUGCCCCACACAACAGAAAAGAAGUGUCGCGGCCUGUGAUUGGACGGCUCUGUUCUGGGCCUCUCCCCACUGCUGUUCAGCACUGCUCCAUCCCCUGUCCGGAAGAGUGCCUGCUGUCACCGUGGUCCGCCUGGGGGCCGUGUCUGCAUGACAAUUGCUUGGAACCUCAGGGGAGGAAAGGUUUUAGGCAGAGACGGCGGCACGUGGUGCGUGAGCCCGCCUACACAUCCCGCGGCUGCCCCCACCUCGUGGAGUCCAUUCCGUGUGAGGAUCCCGUUUGCUUCCGGUGGCACGUGGCGUUUGAGGAGCCCUGCGCACUCAGUGAAGGGGCCUGCGGGCCAGGCAUCAAAAGCCAGAGCUUCAUAUGCGUCACCGCUCAAGACUCGGCGGUUCCCAGUGAGCGGUGCUUGGAAGAUGCCCCGCCCUUAGUGUUACCCUGUGAGGUGUCCUGCCCUGGGGAUUGUGUGGUCAGCUCCUGGUCAGCGUGGUCGACGUGCUCUCACUCCUGCUCGAGCAAAAAUGCGGACGGGAGGCAGAGUCGCUACCGCACCGUGCUGGCUCUUCCUGGAGAUGGUGGGAGACCCUGCCCUGCAGCUGCUUCUCUGGAGGAGUGGCGCUCUUGUAACGAGCACCCAUGCAUGGUAUUUUACUGGGAGGCUUCUCCAUGGGGCCCCUGCAUGGAAGACUCCUCCAUGACCAGUUUCAACGCCACCAGCAGCUACAACGGGCAGCCCACCUGUGCUGUGGGGAUGCAGACUCGCAAGGUGUCCUGCAUGAAGAUGACCAGCGGCCUGGUGAUUGCCAAGAGGUGUCCUGAGUCCUCCAGGCCAGACAGUCUCCGGCCCUGUUUACUGCCCUGCAAGAAAGACUGUAUUGUAACACCGUUUAGUGAAUGGACCCAGUGUCCCUCCACCUGCCUCCCAGUCAAUGAAAGUACAGCCACCCAGUCGAGAUACAGAAUUAUCAUCCAGAGACCAGCUAAUGGGGGAACUGAAUGUCCCAAUACUCUUUACGAGGAGAGAGAGUGUGAUUCAUUUCCUGCUUGCCCAACCUACAGGUGGAAGACUCACAGAUGGCAGGAGUGUACUCUUGUGCCUGACACAGUCCAACAUCGAACAGCAGGCACCGAGGAAUCAUGUAGCCAAGGUCUGGAGGUCAGAGGUGUGACGUGCAUGCGAGAUGACGGCCAAGCAGCAGAGGUGGCCGACUGCCUGCAGUGGGCUGGUCCCAUGCCGUGGCGGUUCAGGCCUUGCCGAGUUCCCUGCCGCGAUGACUGCAGCCUCAGCCCCUGGUCCGACUUCACCGAGUGCCUGACCUGUGGGGGCUGGAGAAGCCGCAGGCGCAUGCUGACAGGCCGCAGCAAGAAGAGAGAGAAAUGCCAGAACUCGGAUCUGUAUCCCUUGGUGGAGAAGGAGCCCUGUCCCUGUGUGGAGAUGCUCUCUCAGCCCUAUGGGAACUGGUCGUCCUGCAUUCUCCCAGAGAGCCACGGCUGGAGGGCUCCGCGGGAUUCCCGCGAGUGCGGCCAAGGCCUGCGACUCCGGGCCGUGUCCUGUGUGGACCAUGAGGGCCGCUUGGUCGACCCAGCUCUGUGCAACAGCACAGGGUACUUGGAGGAGGCCUGUCAGGUCCCUUGCCCCUUGGACUGCAAACUGAGCGAGUGGUCAGCCUGGUCAGCGUGCAGCGCCUCCUGUGGUAGCGGACUGAAGGUCAGGUCCAAGUGGCUGCGGGAGAAGCCCUUCAAUGGAGGACGACCCUGCCCCAAGCUCGAUCUGAAGAAUCAGGCUCAGGUGUAUGAGGCAGUGCCAUGUCACAACGAGUGUGGUGAAUACGUGUGGGUGCCCGAGCCCUGGUCCGCGUGCACCAUCAAUGCCGUAGACGAGCUGCCGGGCUGCGGUGAGGGCGUACAGAGCCGCAAAGUCAGAUGCAUGAAGAGGGGCGGUGAAGGUCCCAGCGUUAUCGUGGACGACAGCCUCUGUAACCCUGACGACAUGCCAUUCAUGGGCCAGACAUGUUUCCUGCCGUGCGCUGAUGAGUGCGUUAUGUCACAGUGGGGGCAGUGGAGCUCAUGUCCAGCACCAUGUGACCAGAGCACAGUACGGAGGCGUUUAAGGCAACAGCUGAGAUUGUCACUGACCAGGAAAAGCUGCCCAGAAGACAAGCAGAUGGAGAGCUGCAUCCUCAACAGCAACUGUUUUACUCACCACUACAAUCUCUCAGACUGGAGUACGUGCCUAUUGAGUGAGAACGCCAUAUGUGGACAAGGCAAGAGGACAAGGCUUCUAGACUGCGUGCGCAGUGAUGGGGAGGUCGUGGAGCUCAGCAUGUGCGAGGAGCUAGGUUUAGUUAAAACCUGGAAGCUCGAGGUUCCCUGUAUGGUGGACUGUCCAGUUAACUGUCUGCUCUCAGAAUGGUCAUCAUGGACUCAGUGCUCACAUACUUGUGGCAGUCAAGGUCAAAUGGUGAGAUCCAGGACCAUGUUGCAACAGGCCCAUGAAGAAGGACGCCCCUGCCCAUCCCAGCUGUCCCAGACCAAACCAUGUCCCAUAAGGCCUUGCUACAAAUGGGUUCUGGGCAAGUGGUCUCCAUGCCAUGUGGAGGGUGCAGAGUGUGGAGAGGGAGUUCGAGAGAGAAACCUGACGUGUGUGGUCCACUGGGGAGACCCUCUGGACCUCUCGUCAUACAGACCUGUAGAAGAGGAAAAUUGCAAGGACAAGGAGAGGCCAGCCAGCGGACAGGGACUCCAGCUGACCUGCUCAGUACCGUGCCCCGGAGAUUGCCAUCUGACAGAGUGGUCGUCAUGGAGCUUAUGUCAGCUGACCUGUGCGGAGGGAAGGAGCUUCGAGAGCACUGGACAGCGAUCACGAUCCAGGGCAGUGGUCAUUCAGGUCCUAGAGAAUCAGGACAGCUGCCCACAACAGAUCUUUGAAACACAGCCCUGUAAAGAAGGAAAAUGCCACAGCUAUGAAUGGAAGACCAGUGGAUGGAAAGACAAUGAACGUUUUGUUUGGUGUCAACGUUCGGAUGGGGUCAACGUAUCCGGGGGCUGCUUUCUGCAAAACCAACCCACAAGCAUUAGGCAAUGUCACCCCCCCUGCACCAAACCCUUCUCCCAUUGCACACAGAGUGGUGUCUGUGGGUGCGAGAGGGGAUACACUGAGGUGAUGACUACACACGGCUUCCUGGAUUACUGCACGAAGACUCCAGGUGCGGAAAACAAGAAGGCUGAUGUCAAAACCAGCUCUGGGCGAGUUAAAGCUGGGACCUCUCCGAAACACGGCUUCCUCAGCGAGUGGACCUUCCAGCCCAUAGGACCAGAUGGCAGAAUAAAGCUCUGGGUCUACGGGGUGACCGCUGGUGGAUUUAUCCUGGUUUUAUUCAUUAUUGCGCUGUCAUUCCUGAUCUGCAAAGGACCCAAACAGCAUAAAAGCGUAACGCCACCACAGAAGCCCCUAACCUUGGCAUAUGACGGUGAUGUAGACAUGUGACCCAGCAGCACGUGCUAUCCAGACUCACAUGGAAUAGACCCUGGGAAAUGGACACACCCUGUUAAACCACGUUUAUCUUCUCAGAAGGUCUCUUGCAGUCCGCUGGAAACUUCAGCUAUGGUCGUCUUCAGCUAUGGAAACAAAUCACCCUUAAACUCCCAGCAACUGGGCUUUGUAUUCAAAGAGGCAUUGAUGGGCUGCUUGGUCAGCGAAGACGUUUUUUGAUGUUUGGGGAGUUUAACGGCACUUUUCCCUGAGAUUUCUGUUGACUGGCAGAAUACAUUUCCAAACGCCUAAGGUAUUUUUUUACAUCAGAAGUAAGUUGAAAAAUCCAGAAACCUGCUAGAGACAUUUUAAUAAACAGAAAAGAUGUGCCAUUAUGCACUAUAUUAGUGCUGAUUUUUGUUUUCUUUUUAAAAUCCAACCAAUUUUCUAGUGUUUACAUUGUAAUGCAAGAACUCAUUUGCUGUGAAGUGGUGUUUAUAAUGACAAUGCUGUGUUUGUACUGUACUUCUGCUCUACUCAGUAUACCAAAACCAAGCUUAUCAAUGCAGUGUGGGUAAACUAAAGAGAUUUUUCCAUGCCCAUAAUAUUCACAUACAAAUUACCAGUCAGAACUAGUAAUUCAGUUUAUUGGAAGCUUGAAUGUGUCCUUUAGACUUUGUUUGCCAUUGAGGUGCAUAGAUAAUUGCAGGGGUCUUCUGAAGGAUCAUCGUGGCUUUUUAUUUGAAUACGUUAAAUCUGCUAUUCCAUGCAACUCACCUCUGCUGAUGAGUGUUUUAUUCACUUGUUUUGCAAUACAUUCACUUUUUCAGUGCAUUUUUCAGUGCAUUUCUGCUGUUUUUAACCUCCUGUUACCUGCAUUUAUAUGUCCAGUUCACCGCCAUGUCACCCUUCUAUCCCCAAAUGUCCUGGGCUCAAAACUGAGGGGUGGGUGGGGGGGGGAUUUACCUUUACAUCACCAAUGUAUGUCACAUUCCAAACCACAAGGAACUAUCUGCGUGACAGCCCGCACUUACUAAAAGUGUUGUUUCAUUUCACCCUAAAUGUUUAAGGAGGGGAGCCCAGAAAACAAGUGACACAAGGUUUGGUCAUUCUGGUUUUGCAGACCAUGAUUUUGGUUUCAUCCAUUCAUUACUGCUCUUUCCUGUCUGAUGUGCUACAUGUAUUCAACAGAAGAAUCUGCACUGUAGGACUGAAUUAGCUGGAAAAAUGCCCUUAGAACAUACUUGGGGUCCCCCUUCCAGGCCACUGACAUGAUAAAUGAUGAACAGCCAGCCCUUGUGGUUGGAAAGGUUCAGAAAUCCUGGUCUAACAGACAGAAUUGGGUUACAAGUGUACAGUUUAUAAAACCAAUGAUCAGACCUCAGAGUUAAACACUGUAAGUCUUAUUUGUGUAUAGAGGUGUAUGUAUGUUGUUUUUCGACUGAUUUAAUGAUGUUGAACCUAACAUGAGCGAAAAUUCAGGCUGACAAUUAAAUCUAAUCGGUUCCUUCAAAAGAUUUUUGGAUUGCUUAGAUUUCCCAGAGUUGCACUAUGAUUGCUUAUUAAUUAGUAUUACCCAUGAUGGAUGCAAGGAGUAUGGGUUUGCAUUUACUGGUGAAACAGAACUGCAGCAUUUAUCUUGAUUCUGAGAUGUACAUUUGCAUGUAAGAGUGAAUUGAACUGUGUUCAUUCAUCUUCCAAAGUGGCCUUGCGAUCAUAUUGUUUCUGUAUGUAUGUCUUGAUUGCUCUUUAAGUAUUUUAGUCUCAGAAUGCUACUUCUGAAAGGUUUCUUUGCCCCAAACACCACAUACAUCAACCCGGUUAAUGAACAUGUGUUUGUACACUGCCGUUUAGCUUGUGUACAUGAAUGACCAUGAACACAUAACAUGGAAAUAAAUUGUGAUAUUCUGUGCAAAAUUUAAUGUAAACUAAUUCAUUAUCUAAAUAGGCUGCGUGUUCUGGCAAGGCUGCAAGAGCAAUACUUAUUCUGGUAUAUGAACUUGCAACCUAUUAUGCUGCAGUAUACAAUCUUUUUUAUGGUAUUUUCAAAAGCAAUGCUGUUCUGGUAUUUUGAAAUUUCAUUUCAUUUAAAAAUGCCAUGAUAUACACAAAAUACCGUGGUAUACCAUAUUACAGUAAUACUGCCUAAGCCUACCUUCUAGCCUGUUCUGCUAUCUCUUGACUAUUUUUAUACAUCUCUGGAAUGAAGACACUAUUAAA